AAUAAUGAGUAUUUUCAUUGAGACCCAAUGUUCAAUAUAAGCCCAAUACACUUUAAAGGCCCAUAAGGCCCAUUAGUGUUUGAGUAGGCUAUUCAGGGUUUAGCGGAGAGGUUCUUCGUUUCAAGUCUCAGACUUUGGUGGAAUCGGCGAAGUGAAAAUUUCGAAGCUUGAUCGGUAAAUCUAGCAGCUUUUGGGUGGCAAUCUGUUCGCUGAUGCUCUGGUGAAAAUGGGUUUCGGUGCAAUUAGAUCGAUUUUUCGUCCAUUGUCGAGAACCUUAGUUUCGCGUGCCGUCGCUAACUACUCGUCUGCGCCGUUCCCUGCGACGAUUCCGGCUGCGAAACCAGAGUUAUGCUCCUUUUUCGGUGGAUCGAUGACUCAUUUGAGGUUACCAUGGAUUCCAAUGGCUAACCAUUUUCAUAGCUUAAGCUUAACUGAUACUCGGCUACCCAAGAGACGACCCAUGACUCAUCCCAAGAGGAAACGAUCCAAAUUGAAACCUCCAGGGCCUUAUGCAUAUGUUCAAUAUACACCUGGCCAGCCAAUUUCUUCAAACAAUCCUAACGAGGGCAGUGUGAAGAGAAGGAAUGCGAAGAAGCGCAUAGGGCAACGACGUGCUUUUAUACUGUCUGAGAAAAAGAAGAGGCAAGCGCUGGUGCAAGAGGCGAAGAGGAAGAAGAGAAUUAAGCAAGUGGAACGUAAGAUGGCUGCUGUCGCUAGGGACCGAGCUUGGGCUGAAAGACUGACUGAACUUCAACAGCUCGAAGAAGAGAAGAAGAAAUCAAUGUCUUCUUGAGAUUGCUUUCGAUGAAUCAAACAUAGAAAUAAUC